CCUUUCAUCUCGCCUAGCUGGCAGCCUUCCCCAACCUCGCCGCCAAUAGCACCGCCCAAUCCUCCCCGACAUCGCCGCUGACCUCCUGCCUCUCUCUCACCUCUUCGUCGAGCAUCAUGCCACCUCACCAACCAGAUCCCCUUCUCCCGUCGCUUCGCAUGCACCUCCGCCGAUCUCGCUGUCAACCGCACCCUCGCCCCAUUCUCUCUGAUUUCACCGCUCCAUCCUCUCCAUGGGAUAUAGCACAGCGGCUUCCGGUCCAUCGCGUCGUCUCCAUUAGGAAUGAAGCCAGCACAGUUUGCAGACGAUGGUGCAAUGUUGUUGAGGGCACUAAGGCCAAGACAUAGCUGCCUUGUUGACGAUGGGAAGCUCACGAUGCACGUGAGAUUGUCCAUUAUUAGUUUGUUCAGCACGAGAUACUACCGUGGAUUGGUACGGCCACCAUCGCACGGAAGCACCACUACCAUCACAAAGAAGCACGAUUACCAUCGCAAGGAAGCAAGGCCAGCAUCAGAAGGAUGCACAACUACCAUCGCAAGAAAGCAUGGCCAGCAUCGGAAGGAAGCACGACUGUCAUGCACAACCAACAUUGGAAGGAUGCACGUUUCGCCAUCAAAUAGAAGCAUGACAAAAAUAAAAAAGAAACAUGGUUUCCAUUGACCUGGUGGUGUUUGAGUGCGAUGAAGCCGAGAGUAGUCUUGUUAUUGAUGACAGAUCAGUGCACGCAUCGGAAAAAAAUUAUAUCAAAGAAAUUUGUAUCCUGCCCCGUCCCCCGUGCCGCUCCCGCGAGCGGCCCGGGCGGAACCCUAGAUCGCCGCCGCUGCUCCCUUCCUUCGCCUUCCUUCUUCCUCGCCGCCGCCAGGGGACGCCGUCGGGCAAAGCCCGCGCGUGCGUCGGCGGCGGCGGGGCUCCCUCCCUCCUCGCGAGGCUCCCGGGCGGCGCGGGACGGCCGGCCCUCGCGGCGGCGCUCGGCUCGGCGGCAGGUCGGGUCGCCGGUGGAUCUGCGGGGCUCCCCUUUGGUGGCGCUGUGGUGAUGGCGGCGGCGUGGUCUGCGUGGGGCGGCGAGGCGCGGGCUCCUCCUCCUCCUGAUCUGAUGGCGCCGCGGUGGCGCCGGCGCUCGGGCAUGCGGCGGGGUCCGCGAGGGUGGUCGACGCGCGACGUCUCCCUUCCCGAUCUGAUGGCUCCACGGUGGCGCCAGUGCUUGGGCGGCGGUUGGCGUCGACAAGCGGUGGCGGGUGCUGAGAUCUCGGCGGCGCUCCGGCGUGUGCAGGCGGCGGCGGUCCCUUUGCGCGGUCGGCAGCUUCGUCUCUAA